UGAGGCCUCCAGUUACAGUCGCCAUCUUCUUGUCGUCCAUAAACGGGCGAAGAACGACGACGAGGCGACGGCAGAAAUAACCCACCGCACCAGCGUUAAUCUGAACCGAGUCAGGGCGGAAGAGUUCCCGCAUGAGUUGAUGGACUGCCUGCUGAUCAGUGGUUAUGGUAUCGAUCAGGCUCGUGUAGGUUUCCCCGGGUCGCUCGGCUCAAAGAUGGACGACAAAGCGGCGAGGGAAGACGCGUGCCGGGAGUAUCAGUCGUCUCUGGAGGACCUGACGUUCAACAGCAAGCCGCACAUCAACAUGCUGACCAUCCUGGCCGAGGAAAACCUCAACUUCGCCAAGGAUAUCGUGGCAAUAAUUGAAGCGCAAAUCAGCAAGGCCCCAUCUGCCGAGAAGCUUCCAGUUUUGUACUUAGUGGAUUCCAUAGUGAAGAAUGUUGGAGGAGAGUACCUUGCAGUGUUUGCUAAAAACCUAAUCACUUCAUUUAUAUGUGUCUUUGAAAAGGUGGACGAAAACACUAGAAAGAGUCUGUUCAAGCUGCGCUCGACGUGGGACGAUGUGUUUCCUCUCAAGAAACUCUACCUGCUGGACGUGCGGGUCAACUCUGUGGACCCGGCCUGGCCCAUCAAGCCGCUGCCGCCCACAGUCAACGCCAGCAUUCAUGUCAACCCCAAGUUUUUAAAGCAGUCUGAGGAGCCAUCCUCUCCGGUGCCCGCCCCCGCUCAGCCGCAGCCGCCGCCACCGCCGGCAGCAUCGGCUUCCCAGCCAGUUCCCGCCAUUAGCCAGUCGAGCCUGACCCAGGAGCAGCUGAUCCGACAGCAGCUGCUGGCCAAACAGAAGCAGCUCCUGGAGCUUCAGCAGAAGAAGAUCGAGCUGGAGCUGGAACAGACAAAAGCGCAGCUGGCCGGUGGAUUUGUGAUGCCAACAGCGACUUCAGUCUCAACUCCAGCAACGCAGAGCGCGGCACUGAGCACGGCACCGAAGACCACCAGCCAAACUGUCCCCGUGGUCCGACCGUGGCUACCUCCUCAGACUCAGACAGACGCCAAGUCGACCACCAGAGACCCCCGACUGAACCGCACCGGCCCCCCUGCUGCCUCCCAGGCCAAAGAACAGCCUGCUGGCAAGAAGGAUGGCCUCGCCACACCUGAGAAAUCCACCCGGCCAGAGAAGGCCAGGACCCCGAGGAAAGACGUGUUAGAGGACAAGGCCAAGUCCAAGUCUCCAUCUCCGCUGGCCAAAAGUGUCCAGAGUAAAAACAAACAGGCGGAGGCCGAGAUUCUGAAGUCAGCUGACGGCACGAAGAAAGACCCCCGACUGAAGAAACGCACACAGGACAAGAGUGGAGACGCCAGAGACGAGGAGCUGAAGGAGAAGAAAAGAUGCACAGAGAAGAAGGAGCGAGAGGGCGCCGCCCGGGGGGUCGACCCUCAACGGUCCAACAAGGGGAAGCUGGUGAACGGCUCAGUGACCAAACACGAUCGCGAAGAGCCCGCGGAGAAGCUCGAGUUCAAGACCGGAGGCAACGCCCGGACGCACGCCAGGAAACGCACCCGCUCCCGCUCCAGGUCUCGCUCCCCCGCCACCUCCCCAAAGAGGAAGGACAGGCGGUCCCCAAAGAGCAGAGCCCGGAGCAACUCCCUGUCCCCGUCUCCCUCCCACAAAGCCGGCAAACCCAGGAGGGUCCGCGCAGAAGAACCGGAGCACGGCAAGCCCGGCAGAGAGGCCCGCCUCGCACCCAAGAAGAACCAAUCAGAGAACAGGAGGUCAAAGAGGCCGGCUGAGGAUCGGCACUCUGAGGCCAGAGACUCUCACUCCCCACGGAGCCACGACGGAGGAGGCAAGGAGGCCAAGGAGGCUCCUCACCGCUGGAGGAGCGGCUGGGAGGAGAACAAACAUCCGAAGCUGCCGGAGGAACCUCACCUGAAGCCCUCAGGACCUCCCAGACACAAACAGUACGGCGGCCCGCCUCGCCCCACCACCCCCCGAACCCCGAAGCAUCGCCUCAGCGUAGACGCCAAUCUGCAGAUACCUGAAGUCCUCAACUCCGCCUCCAAGAAGGACCUGCUGAGGAGGGCCAGUAAGCGUCUGGAGAGCGGCGAGAUCACCGAGGAGGACUUCCUGAACAUGGCCCACAAGAUCAAACACUUCUUUCAGUAUCAGGAGGAGAGGCAGCGCUCCGACAGCUGGGAAGAGUCCGCAGACUUCCCUGCCAAGAAAGUGCCGCUGCUGACUACCCCGGGUGCCCCCUCCCAGCCACGGCCCCAUGAAGGCAUGGACCCGGCGGAGCUGUCGUACUACGAACACAAGUCCAAGCUCAGGAAGACGCAGGUCACCCACCGAAACACUGGGGAGGAGUGGGACGGCGAGGAGAGUCCGGAGGAGAGCGAGGAGACUGGGCAGGGUGAGAAGACGGGCCGCAGCGCCGGACACCCGCCAUCACAUAAAUACAACCGGGCGCCACGGGACAGACCAGGUGAGAGGAGGAGUAAAGAGCGUGAGGAGCCCCGCCCACCACUCGGCCCCAUGAUCGAGGAGUACCACCACGGCAAAGAGUUCCCCACCCUGAAGUCUCUGCCGGGCCUUCGCUUCAGGAGGAGAGCCGACCCCAGAGAGUCCAAGAGGUCAGAGGUCAGGUUCUGGAGCUGCGGGGUGUCAGGGUCUCGAUCAGGGACACUUCAGCAGGGUGAGAGGGAGUGGAACUCUCCGCUGACAGAGCGCCAACGCCUCGACGAACGUGAGGAGCAGAAGAGCGGCUACGAUGCUCCGCGGAGGUACGGCCAACCUGUCGAAUCCAGGCUCCCUGAUCCACGGAGGCCAGAGGUGCCCCCGCCCUCCGGCACCGUGGUGCACAGGAACUGUCCGAGUCCAGCUGGUCUGGACCCGCCGGCGCCCAGGUUUGAGCGCGAGCGCCUGUCUCCUCUCCACCAGAAAGACUCUGCAGAGAUGAGCCCAGUCCCGCGCUUCGAGAGCCCCAACAGUGAACACUCCGACGAUGGGCCACUCAAUCUGGAUGCCCCCCCGCUUCCCCCUCCACCCAAGUCCAUCCUCAAGGCGCCUGUCCGUGGAGGACCGCUGUCUUCUGUCCGACAGCACAGUGACUCCCCAGGACACACACCUCCUCAUGAUGGAGGACACCCCUCCUCCCGGUACGACGGACCCGGACACAUGGGCCCCUCCAGACCGCACCCUCCAGGGUGGUACGAGAGCGGUGGACCCGGGCGCUACGAUGAGUCGUCCCGAUUCGACGGGCCUCACCACCAGGGUCCUGGCAGGUUUGAUGGCGGGGGACCGCCUCAUCACAAUAUGCCAGAGAGGUUUGACGGACCCCACAUGUCUCACGGUCCAAUGAGGGGCGGAGACAGCAUGGGGCGGUUUGACGGUCCACCUCACCCUCAGGGCCCCGGGAGAUUUGAUGGUCCCAUUGGUCAGCAGCCCCCGGUGAGGUUCGACGGUCCAGGGCCCGGACCGGGUCACUUUGAGGGUCCUAUUCAGCGCUUUGACGGCCCGCUGCGCUUUGACAACAACAUGGCUCCUGGUCCUGGAUCUGGACCAAUGAACUUCCAGCAGACGCGACCCAUCCGCUUUGACGGCCCUCCAAACCAGAUGGGCCCGAUGAGGUUCGAUGGCCCUGGUCCGCUGCGCUUCGAGGGGCCCGUUCAGCCAGGUCCCAGGUUUGACUUACCCAACGUGCCCCAUCAGGGUGGGCCACCACGGUACGAGUGUGCUCCCAGCCAGCAGGGCCCCCUGAGGUUUCCUCCUCAACACAACCUGCAGCCCCCCAUGGGGCCGAUGGCCCCACCCAUGUACGAACCUAUUGCCCCCCCGCAGAACUUCAACAUGGCCCCCCAGCGCUUCCCUGAGCCCAUGAACCCUCAGUUCCCGGCGGGGCCAAUGGCGUUCCCAGCUCAGCCCAACCUGCAGCCAGGAGGAAGCUUCAACAUGCAGGCGGCGCCGCCCUUCAGCCAGCCGGGCCCCGUCCCCUUCUACAACCCCGCUGCCCCCGCCGUCAGCAUGCAGCAGCCGGUAAACAUGUUGGCGAACCCCAACCAGCCCUUCCUGCCUCAGAACCCAGUGCCUUUCGGACAGCAGACUCCGCAGGUCGCCCCUCCAGAGAACCACUUCGGUCAGGUUGACGUCAACGACCUGCUGUCCAAACUCAUUUCCACCGGCAUCAUCAAACCCUCGCAGCCCGACGCCGCACCGACCACCACCACGGAAUCAUCUUCCACGCCCUCAGCAGCUCCGCCUGUGGUGGAGGAGGAGGAAGAGGAGGCGGAUGAGGUGGAGGAGGAAGACGACAUCCCGGACCUGACCAGCUUCACUGUCGAUGACAUGAAACAGCGUUACGAGAGCGUGGUGACCAAGCUGUACUCAGGGAACCAGUGCUGCUUGUGCAGCAUGAGGUUCACCACCGCUCAGACCGACAUGUACGCCGACCACCUGGACUGGCACUUCAGACAGAACCACGCCGGCAAGGUCGCCAGCAAGAAGAUCACACACCGCCGCUGGUACUACACGCUCACGGACUGGAUAGAGUUCGAGGAGAUCGCCGACCUGGAGGAGCGAGCCAAGAGUCAGUUCUUUGAGAAGGAGAACGAGGAGGAGGUGCAGAAGAGCCAGGCGGCCGCCAAGGAGAAGGAGUUCCAGAGCGUGAAGGCCACCAAGGACCAAGUGGGAGAGUCGUGUGAAAUCUGUCAGGAGCCCUUUGAGACGUACUGGGUGGAGGAGGAGGAGGACUGGUUCCUGAAGAACGCCGUCAGGGUCGAUGACAAGAACUUCCACCCCGCCUGUUUUGAAGAUUAUAAAAAUUCGUCGUACCUCGACGUCACGCCGUCGCCCAACAAGCUGCUCACUGAUCAUCCGCUGAGCGCUUACAUAAAGAGUGAAGAAGAGGAGGGCACUUCCUGUGAAGUUGCUGCUGCUGCUGCCGCCGCCGCAGCCUCAGUCUCAGUCAAACAGGAAGUGAAGUCUGAGGCGAGCGAGCUUCCCGAUGUGAAAAAAGAGGAGGAGGAGGUUUUAAGAGACGAAGUGCAAUGUGAGGAGAGCAAACAGUGACCCGCUGGCGCUCUCGGCGUCGACGACCUUUUCUCUGUUUUUCAGAGGGAAAGGUGUUUUUAGCGUGCGGGGGCGGGGCCCUCCGCACCGACAAUAAAGCUCAAUACAUUUUUGUAUUUGGAUCCUGCGCGGCCAUUUGAGGUCUGCUGUCUGUCUGUGAAGGACACGUGGAGACAUGUUUGCUUUGUGGGCUCAGAGAUGUAAAUGAUUUAAUUUAUGAAUUAAAGUAUUUUUUGUAUCUCUGGUGUAACAGUGAUUGAAUCUGGCGGCUGCUGCUCGCUGCCCGUCACCCUCUGUACAUAGUUUAUUGAUUAAUUGAUUGAUUGGUUGAUUGGUUUGAUGACGACUUGACGACAGGUGUUGAGUUGUUUGCUGCUGCGUUAAAGGUAAGCAUCACCUGAUUGGACGGCUGAAGACUGGACCCGGCUCUUCAGGACGCGUCUCUCCGCAGGAUCAGUCGUCCUUUUUCUUAUGUUUUUCUUUGGUCUUCAAUAAAAGAGUCUGAAACUUGUUUGUGUUCGUGUGAACGCUGAUUGAUCUCUGACGCUCGCCGUUUUAUUGUCACUUAGGUUUCCAAACUAACAAUAAAGGUUCAGUGGAUUUAAA